AUGGUAGAAACACUUAAGCUAAAUAGAAUCCCUCAUCAAAACCCUUAUAAGAUAUCAUGGUUUAAUAAGGGACAACAAGUACAUGUGAAUGAGAAGGCAUUGGUAGAGUUUAAUAUGGGUCCUUACAAGGAUAAAGUUCUAUGUGAUAUUGUUCCAAUGAAUGUAUGCCACCUUCUUCUUGGAAGGCCUUGGCAAUUUGAUAGGAGAGCCCAACAUGAUGGGCAUAAAAAAAUUUAUGUUAUUGAGAAGGAUGGAGUGUUUUAUACCCUUGGACCAUUGCAAGAAGAUAUGGGUGUAGCUCAUGAAGGACCUAGUGUCAUGGUGGUGAAGGAGAAGGAGUUUUUGAAGGACCUUGAGGACGAAGGAUGUGGAUAUACCAUUGUAGCUAAUCCAAUUUGCAAUACUGCAACCAGUGACAAAGAAGAAGUCCCAAGUGAAGUGCAGGGUCUACUUAACAAGUAUGAGAAUAUAGUAGUGGAGGAGUUGCCAAAUGCUUUGCCUCCAGUCUGA